AUGGCUGCCUCAGUCCUAGUCCUCGUGCGUCCCAAAGCAAGCAAGCUCGAAGAGACCUGGAAACUCGUCCAGUGGGUGUCGGAGCAAGUCCAGAAGCACGAGCCGGAAGUGUCUGCAUACCGAUACUGGCGGACUGGUCAGGGCGACGGCACGGAAUAUGUCAUUUACUUCGAAACCGCGAGUGAGGACAUCCUGAGAGACCGCUGGAGUAAGGAUCAUCAUCAAGAGGUGAAGCGCCAGGUUGAGCAAGGAGAUCUGCUCAAAGAGCCGUUCCGAUACAGGAUCUUGAGGAGCGAGGGUGGCUGGCGUCGCUGA